CAGUCCUUCUCAGACUCUUCGAGAGAAACAAAAUCGACGGCUUCAAUGGAGAAGAUCUGCGUGGCGGUUCGGGUGAGGCCUCCGGUAACUCACGAUUCCUCCAUCGGCUUCUGGAAGGUCGACGACAACCGCAUUUCGCUCCACAAGUCCCACGGCACGCCGAUCUCCGGCAUCUCCUACGCUUUCGAUCAUGUGUUCGAUGAAGGUUGUACGAAUUCUAGGGUUUACGAGCUUCUCACUAAGGACAUUAUUCACGCCGCAGUUGAAGGAUUCAAUGGAACUGCGUUUGCUUAUGGGCAGACCAGCAGUGGGAAGACUUUCACCAUGAAUGGUUCCGAAACAGAUCCGGGUAUCAUUCAUCGAGCUGUUAGAGAUGUCUUUGACAGAAUCCAGUUGAUGUCCCAUCGGGAGUUUCUGAUUCGAGUAUCCUACAUGGAAUUGUACAAUGAGGAAAUUAACGACCUUUUUGCAGUAGAGAACCAGAAAUUGCAGAUCCAUGAGAGUUUGGAGCGUGGCAUAUUUGUUGCUGGCCUCAGGGAGGAAAUUGUCAGUAACGCUGAACAGGUGUUGAAGCUCAUUGAAUCCGGAGAAGUUAAUAGGCACUUUGGAGAAACGAAUAUGAAUGCUCGGAGUAGUAGAUCUCACACAAUAUUCAGAAUGGUAAUUGAAAGCCAUGCGAAGGACACUACUUGUUCAAGUACUGAUGCUAUUCGUGUCUCAGUCUUGAAUUUGGUAGAUUUAGCUGGUUCUGAACGGAUUGCCAAAACUGGAGCUGGCGGAGUACGUCUGAAGGAGGGAAAGUACAUAAACAAGAGCUUAAUGAUUCUUGGAAAUGUAAUUAACAAACUUAGUGAUGGCGCAAAAAACAGGGGUCACAUUCCUUAUCGCGAUAGUAAGCUUACCCGUAUACUUCAACCUGCCCUUGGAGGCAAUGCAAAAACUUCAAUUAUUUGUACUAUAGCACCAGAAGAGGUACACAUUGAGGAAACAAAGGGGACCCUUCAAUUUGCUAGCAGAGCUAAGCGCAUCACUAAUUGUGCUCAAGUUAAUGAGAUUUUGACAGAUGCAGCCUUACUGAAGCGACAAAAACAAGAGAUAGAAGAGCUUCGUAUGAAACUUCAGGGAUCCCAUGCUGGGGUGCUGGAGCAAGAAAUACUGAAGUUGCGAAACGACAUGCUUCAGUAUGAACUAGAACGCGAGAAGCUUGAAAUGGAACUGGAAGAGCAGCGGAAAUCACAUAAACAACGCGAACAAAGCAUCAGGGACCAACAGAUGAAAACUGACAAUCUCGGUAGUCUUUCUACUACUUCAGACUUUGAGAGAAGUUCUAGUCAGGCACAAGAUUCUGGGAGACAAAGCCUUAAGGAAGUUAGUAGUGACAGCAGUAGUAAAUCUCAAGGAGAUAUCUUCAGUACCCCAUCUAAUUUCAAGGCAGCUCCCCAUUCCUUCGUUGUCAAGCGAUCAAAUUAUUCACAGUUGCCCAGCUUUAGCCCUCUUCCAGAUGCUUUUAGCAACGUGGUUGAUGAAGACACAUGGUUUAAAAUGAACAAAGGUUUCAUAGCUGACCUUGAUUCCCUUCAGAUAACUCCUGCGAGAAAAGUUCAAUCCUUUCCGCCAAGUGAUGAAGCUCCCGGCUCAAAUGAGAACUACAAGCACGAGGUCCACAAUUUGAGGAGACAGCUAGAACUUGCUGUUGAAGAGAGAGAUGAUCUCAAGAGGAAACAUGCCGAACAAGCUGUACUGAAUGAUCAAUUAGUUCGGGAAAUAUCUGAACUCCAAAAAGAAGCACAACUAAUUCGAGACAUCCCUCAAAGGCUUUGUGAAUGUGCGGCAACUUGCAAAGAUAUUUAUGUGGAUGUUUUAUCAAAGACUCAGAGCUUUAUAUCUGAUGAAAAAUCUUCUGCGGCAACAUUGCUUUCGAGCAUAAGUGAAAUUGGCACAAGCCUCUUUACAACUCUCGAAGCCCAAUUCUCAGCGGCAUUUGAUGAGGACCAAGGAGUGUUCUCUAGGAAUAGUUCUCUAAUUGAAGAACAGCGCAAAAUUCUCUCCGAGAGGUUGAACAGCACAAUCAAAUUGUUUGUGUCAUCAGAACCAUCAAGUCUUGAGAAUGAGCAAGUGAGAAAUUCGCUAUGCUUUUUUGUGAUAAAGGACUGUGCAAGGGGACGAGAAACUGCCUGUUGGGAGGAAAAACUAAGCAAUGAGCUCAGCACUAUCAAGGGAAGAUACCAUGGCCUGGAGGAAGAGCUAGAUUCGAAUAACCAGCUUCUAGAGAAAUCCAAGCAAAGAUAUGAUGCCUUCGAAGCUGAGUUUCGGCUUUUGAAAGAAGAAAGAGAUUCCUUGCACAAAAAGGUAUCUGAAUCAUCUCAAACACUUGCUCUGGUUACUGACCAAAAGGAAAAUGUUAUGAAGGAUCUGAAUCACGAGUUACUGAGAAGGAAAGACCUUGAAGAAAAAAUCGAACAGUUCCGUGUCGCUUUUGGUUGCCGGAAGACAUCGCUCAUGUCUUUCCACAGCGAGUUUAAGUCGAAGAUUGAGAGUUUGAGAGCCAACAAUCCAGUUUCAGUACCCAAAUCUGUUGGAUGCUGAAGAUUAUCAAGUGGCCUUAUUUAGUAAUAUUUAUGUAAGCUGUAACGUUUGUUUCUUUUCUAUUCAGAACGACUUUUUCUAACUCUUGUGAUUUGGUAUCAAUGUGGAUUUUUAGAAUGA